UCGCUGGUCCACACGGGCUUCGGCCUUGGGCUGAAUCACACCUCUGCUUUCCAGGUCUCCAGCUUGCAGACGCCCAAACCUGGAGAUUUGAUUGAGAUUUUUCGGUUUGGCUAUCAGCACUGGGUCGUCUAUGUUGGAAAUGGUUAUGUGGUCCAUCUGACUACCCCAAGUAAGAACCCUACAGGUGGCUCCUCCAGCCCCUUCUCUGUCCAGGGAGGCAAGGCAAUGGUGAAACGGGAGCAGCUAGAGGAUGUGGCACGGGGCUGUUCCUAUCAGAUCAACAACUACUUGGAUGACAUGUACCAACCACUGUCUGCAGAAAAAAUCAUCAGUUAUGCUGAGAAGCUGAUUGGCAAGGAGAUAUGGUACAACGUUCUGGGCUGGAACUGUGAGCACUUUGUCACCCAUCUGAGAUAUGGCAAGUCCCACAGUGAGCAGGAGCAGACACCAAGAAACAGUGAAAACUUGAAGCAGCCACAGAAAUCUUGUGCCAGAAGUGACUGUGGAGACUCCAGUCGAGACGGACCUCACCACCCACCAGCUCCUCUGAUCUCCUGAUCCCCGCUGUCUGCAUGGCAGCCCUUAGCCCCUCCCCUUUCUCGCUAGCCCUCCCUCAUGGCUAAAGGAGAAUCAAUAAAUGUGUUUAUCCUUC